AGCGCGGCACUUGAGACAUCCAGAUGUUGCGUUUGAGGCACCCAGUGAAGUCGGGAGCAGGCUACAACUGUUUCCCUGCUGAAACAAACUUUCAUACAUUGCUUUUCCUGCUCAUUACGAAAGAUGGAAGCUGGUAGGCCCGAGUAAAAGCAGGGAAGUGAGGCUUUUUACACGUUUUCACGCCACUGGACAAAGGGGAUAUUGAGGAGGACGUGAAAACUACAACAAAGCCGCAACUUAACUGCGCAGUUUGGAGGUUUAAACCUGAUUGAAAUGUUUGCGUUUCUACGCCGGGCUGGAGUUAAAUAGUCCUGUAAACUGACACUGCCCCUGAAAUAACGUUUAAUAUUUCCUAUUUGUAAACGUGUUUAAGACAAGUGGGCAUCAUGGCUUUACUUCACUUGCUCCUGUGUGUCGGGACGUUUUCAAUGUGUAGAGCCUUUUUCACCGGACCGCUACAGCCGGAGAUGUCUAACGGGACUUUUCAUCACUAUUUCGUGCCGGACGGAGACUACGAGGACAAUGACGACCCAGAGAAAUGCCAAAUGCUUUUCAAGAUGACCGACGAGCGAAAGUGCAGUCUCGGAGAGGACCAGGACUCUGUCAUACGGGAUGAUUUCACCAUCAUCAAGAGGCAGAUUGAGGACUCGGCCCGGGUGCUGGAGGGGAUCGGGAAAAGCAUCUCGUACGACCUGGACGGAGAGGACAGCUACGGGAAGUACCUGCGGAGGGAGACUGCUCAGAUAAGCGAGGCAUUCACCAACUCGGAGAAAUCUCUGCUUGAGCUGGAGGUGAAAUUCAAGCAGAGCCAAGAGAGUGAGUUAAAGGAAGAGCACAGGCUCAAUGACGACUUUCUGAACAUGGUAGUUCACACACGGGACGUCCUGAAGGGCACGCUGGACAUUUCUCAGGGACUGAAGGACAAGCACGAGCUCCUGUCUCUGAUCAUCCGCAGCCACGGCACGAGGCUGAGCAGACUGAAGAACGAAUAUAUGAAGUUCUGAGGGAAAGUAGUUCCUAUACAUCUCAUUACAGUACUAUUAUAUGACCAUGAGACUGGGUGAAAAAAUGAGCAUCAUAUCAGGGAUAAAACAAAGCUUUAACGGCCUGUUCACCUAAUUAACAAAAACAAAACUAAUAUUCUCAUCUAAUUCUAGAGUAGCGGUUCCAUAGUUGGCUUUCCUUAAAUGUGUUUAAAGAUGGGUCUACAUGUCAAAGGUCACAAUAUCAUAAUAAGGAAAUAAGAAAAACAAAUGAUGUUAUAUUUAAAAUAUUCCUCCUUUUUUGCUGAAAAAUAUCCGAAUCAAGCUGUCUGAUCGCUUUUAACAAUCAAGUUGAAGGCAAGGUGUUCACUGUUCACAUCUCUUACCUGUGAUGAGAGGUUGCAGACACACUGCUUCUCUUUAAAGGUUCUGAAACCGAAAUAUAGUAGGCUAUAUGUAACCAUGCAGAUAGUUUUGGUUUAAAUUGUCCAGGUGAUAUUUGUCUCCAAAACUGGAUUACCAAACAAAGCAUACUGCGCCAUAACCCAUAACCUGGAAAAGGCCCCCGUCAUAUUCACUGCUUGUCAAUUGUGUUUCUUGGUCAUUUGUUUUUCUGUUGUAUUAUAAGUAUGUUCCAAAUGUAUGAUACUAAAGAACAAUAUAAACCAUGAUCAAUCCUACAAUAUUACCUAAACUCAUGGACCUGUUUUGUUAAGGCAGCAUGUGUCUGAAUCUGUUAAGUAUCCGUUCAUUUUUUUGAGUUUAUACUGUGCUCGUGUGGUGCAUAUUCCUAAAUGAAGUUGUGCUUCAAAUAAUAAAUAUGUAACAUUGUGGGAGAAACAGUAUUCCAAUCCAUUCCUUGCAGAAAAUCUGGGAUAGGCUUACAUAUAUAUAUUUUUUUUAAAACGGGCAUCUGAAACCAAAAACUGUAUCUCAUGUGAAAAAUUAAUUUAUAUAUGAGUUUAUAUAAAGGGAAUAAGGAGUGGGCUAUAUUGAUAAGUUCUUCUAUAGCAGUACAAUGCAUUUUAUACAACAAUAUUGUGAUAAAUGUUCUAGAAAAAGCCAAGUUAAAAAGUAUACAUGGAUUUAAUGACCAGAUAUUAAUGACUGGUUUUGCGUUCUCUACAAACUUAAUUCCUGACGAAUCAAAGUUCAGCAUUUAGAUGCAACAGGUCAGUGAUUUUUAAUCGACCCCAAACUAAUACAGUGCUACAAAGGCAUAAAAAGUAUAUUUUGAUAUAAUAAAUAUCCUCUAACUGUGUAAAUUGCCAUACUGCUCACUCCAAUAGUGACUAUCAAAAAAGGUCAAGAACUAUCAACUUUCAAAACAGUAUCAGGAAGAGUUUUCCAAGACUCAUUCAGUGACCAAAGAAAAACUUGAGUGAGGGGUGGAUUUUUGAGAGAUCCAUUUGAGGAUUAAGUCAAAUAAAUGUUGGACAUGAUGGACAGCUCAUUUGUAAGUAUCCACAUUUAAAAAAUAUUCACUAAAGAUAUAUUGGUUUUGGAUAACACAUGGACAGAGCUGUAAAGCGAAGCGGGGGAGGGCAUGAUGUAGUAGGCUGUUUGAAUGCUCCUAACUUGAACAGUCAUUAUUGUCCUCUUCUUCUACGCUCCAGAUUAUGAAUAUUGAAUAAUGUUUACAUAUGGAAACCUAACUUUUGCUUUUUAGGCUAGCAAACUUUGCACAAUUCUUUAACUGUUCCGAUGCUUAAGGUUGUGACAUGGUUUAAAAUGCAUUUACUGUACUGUUCUGCGAAGGCUGUAUAAUCCUGGAAAAUGUACAGUGUGAUAUUGGAAGUACAGUAAGUAUAUACUGUGAGUGCUAACUUUUUGUUGCGAAACAACUUAAUGUGUAUUCAUUUUUUUAUACAAAGUUACAAAUUGAGCUGCAUAUAUCUAUAUAUUUUAAGAUAUGUAGUGAGAGCUUAUACAUGACGGAAAAAGACUGCAGGCAGCACUUGUGGAAUUCAAUGGUAAAAACAAUCAUUGUGACAUUAUUUUGAAUGGAUUGUGUUGUGUAUUCAUAAAUAAAAAGUUGGUGUUAAAA